CAACGACUCAAAGAGAGUCUGAAGCCCUUCACUCAUUCGACCAUCGGCACAACCUUCGGUCAUGCCUAUCCCCCAAAUCGUGUGCCCUGUAUCUAGACACGUCCCUAGCUCUCUCUUUCUCGCUGGCCCCCUCCUCUUCCGCCUCCUUCCCCAUGACCUGUAGCAACAGAACACCCAAAUGAUACAACAUAACACUUCCAAUGGAGAAUCGAAUCGGCACCUCUCUGACCCUCCUAUUUCCAAACCCUACUCACAACAACCCUAUGCAAGACUUCAAUUCCCUUUUCAACCACCUCAACACCACCCUCUUGAUCACCCCAAUCGGCAGUCCACAAACCCUAACCAACUCAUUCCCAAAACAGAGCAAAACACCAAAAACCACUCCAAUGUCGCACCCAAACUCAAAUUCUCCUCCACUUCCAUCUCUUUUGAGUCCCAAGUGAAAAACCCAGAAAAAACCAUAUCACAAAAUUGGCUAAAACCGGCCACCAGAGACUCCCCCAAGGUCUCUGCUCUGUUCAAGAACCUCUCUGUUUUCGAAAGAGCUCUCAUUGGUGCCGCUGCUGGCGGUAUCGCUGGUGCAUUCACUUAUGUGUGUCUUCACCCGCUCGAUACCAUCAAAACUAAGCUACAAACCAAAGGGGCGUCAGAACUUUACAAUGGUUCUGUUGAUGCCAUUGUCAAGACCUUUCAAAAUAAGGGAAUUCUUGGGUUCUAUAGUGGUGUCUCAGCUGUGAUUGUUGGGUCUACUGCUUCUUCUGCUGUGUAUUUUGGGACUUGUGAGUUUGGAAAGUCCAUUUUAUCGAAAUUGCCUGAAUACCCAUCUGUGUUAAUCCCUCCCACUGCUGGUGCAAUGGGGAAUAUUGUGUCUUCUGCGAUAAUGGUGCCGAAAGAGUUGAUCACACAGAGAAUGCAGUCUGGUGCAAAGGGAAGGUCUUGGGAGGUUUUGUUGAGAAUUUUGGAGAAAGAUGGUAUUAUGGGUUUGUAUGCGGGGUAUUCAGCUACAUUGCUUAGGAAUUUACCUGCUGGCGUGUUGAGUUAUUCUUCUUUUGAGUACUUGAAAGCUGCUGUGUUGAGUAGGACAAAGCAGGUUCAUUUGGAGCCAUUUCAGAGUGUAUGUUGUGGGCAUUGGCGGGCGCAAUUUCAGCCUCUUUGACAACGCCAUUGGACGUGGUUAAGACUAGACUGAUGACUCAGGCUCAUGUCGAGCCUAUGAACAAAGUUGCUGCUGCAAUGUACAGUGGGGUUUCAGCUACCGUGAAACAAAUUUUGAAGGAAGAAGGGUGGGUGGGAUUCACCUGUGGAAUGGGGCCUAGAGUUCUUCAUAGUGCUUGCUUUUCAGCUUUGGGGUACUUUGCAUUUGAGACGGCUAGGCUUACAAUUUUGAAUAAGUAUCUCAAGCAUAAGGAACUUCAGAAUAUGUCGGUUGCUCCCAUUGUCUCGGAAGAUUAAAGUGGCUGUAUUUUUGUCUUCGGUACCAUGCUGUGUAAUUUUUAGUGCCUUACUUCCCUGCUUUCUGUGCCUCCUGUUUUGCUCCAUUUCAUGGCUUCCCUUAUUUUUGCAUCCUUAGAAUGUGUUUUGAAGGAGCUCAUUGCAUUCGGAUGCAUUCAAUGCAUAGGUUUCAAUAUUUGUUUUUACACUUCAUUUUUCUGUUUUAUUGUAAAAUACAAAUAUUGUGUCGAUGCAGCAAUCUUAAAUCAUUGCCUUUCUAGACAAAUUUGACUGAUGUGCAUAACAUAAUCAGUUAAACACUACUUUUUGAUUUUUUGUUGCUAGUCAGUUUCUAUUUAUCUCCUACCACUUGUGGUUUUAAGUAUAAAGCCGCCAUUAAACCAAUGAUGCUUGUACACUUUGGAAGGAGACGAUAAAUUUAAUUCUUUG